AUGCGAAUGGUUAUUUAUGAAUUCAAAAGAGCAUACUCAAUCGAACUUCAAAGAUAUUUUUAUCGUGUUCCUGCUGAAUUUCAUAAUAUAGAACCAACUGUGAAGCUAAAGUUACUGUCACGCACAUUGUUAAUGGAUUACUUACCAAAUAGUCGCUUGAGUUGGAACGUUACAUUUUCCGUAGUUUCCGGUCCUCCUCAUACUCAUAUAUUAAUUCGUACAGAUGGGAACUAUACUAAGUUAACUGCAUGGUCGUUUGCAUCAACUGCAAUGUAUCCUUCAUCUAUGCCACUCCCUCGUCCAUUAAUUAGCGAUAUUUCAAGCAACAAAGGUGAACAUUAUUUUCUAUACCAUUUGAAUGCAGCAGCAUUUGGUGAACAUGGGACCUUAUGGGAAACACCGUGGACAUUUUGGGUUGUUUUCGAAGCCCAAGAAGUACUACCACAAUCAAGUUAUAUUGAUGUAGCUGUUGCUGGCCUGUAUGCUGAUGAAGAUAUCUCUACUCACUCUCCUCCACUCUCAGAAUUUUUGUCAAGCUUACCACCUUGGGUUACUGUCAUUCGGGGUUGUGCUGUUUAUGAUCAUUGGCGUUUUCAGCUGAACUAG